UACAAAAAAUGGCGGUAGUUUUAUAGUGACAUUGCAAACUGUACACAUUUUCAUCGCUAAAAUCUAUCGAUCAAAAAGAAGGCCAUAUGUAAUUGUGCGUUACAAUCAAGAUAUUAACUACGGAAUGAUGUCAGCUCAAGAAACGGCAGAUAAAUUGAACAACAGCCUACCAAUUCAUUUGACAGCUUCAAAUGUACAGCAGAACCCAGAGUUUGUAAAAUUGUUAAAGUCACUGACAAGACAUCUGACAGACAGUGGCAUGUCGAUUGCUUUUCAAAAGGACAUGUUACAGGCUAAAGAUGCUUUAAGAGAGCAAAAGUUGAAGUACCUUCAGAUUUGGACAUUGUACUCAGAGCUUAAAGAGUUGUUGAUUGAAUAUGACAUAAAGAAACAAGAAGUUCAUCCCAGUUCAGCCACAUUACAACUGUAUGAUACCAUGAAGGUGUCAGUUGCACAAGCAGAGGCACUUGAUUACAUUGAUUUCCAUACUGAAGGAGGUGAACAAUCUGCAACAUUGCUUGGACUGAAAGCUGAACAAUUGCUCACUGGAGAGCAUCAGAAAAAGUCCUUACACCAAUCUUUUCAGCAGAGUAUCAUUCCUGAGCUUGAGACCAGGUUGAGAAGCAAGUGUGAAACAGUAGCAAGUUUCCAUAAACCAACAAAACAAGCAGAGAAUGAACAGUUGUCUUUUGCUAAAGCUACCCAGUUGCCAGCAUUUCUUGAAAAUGAGAAACAGCUGUUGGACCAAGAAAGGAAGCAGUUACAUCAUAAUCGGAUGUUGAGGGACAAGCAGUUUAGGCAGUUAUAUGAGGUCUUGAUGCAGUCACUUCAAACUCUACAAAAACUGAUAGCAGACCAUCGGCUGCAGUCUCAAGCAAAGCAUGACAGGGUGAUGGCAGAGUGGUUGGCUGCCAAGUGCGAUGCCAUGUGUCUAAAAGUCAGAGUUCUUCAAAAUCAGAUGAUCAGGGACACGUACACUCCUGAAGCCAUUCAAGCUCUUAGAAGAAUCAAGGCCUAUUUAAAAGACGCAGAAGAGGAGAGCACUGCUGAGUUUCACCGACUCACACAAACACUUCUUGCUUACGAAUCAGUUGGAAUGGGUUUUGAUUCCCUUGUUCAGCAAUACACUGCACUCAUGGCGGAGAUUGACAACAAGAAAUGGGCGCUGAGAGAACUGCGACAAAAUCAAGGAAGUGAAUUGGAUGACUUGUGGAAUCAACAUUAACGUGAAAACUACGGAACGGCGUUCCACCUGUAUCAGACAAAACUGCAGCUUCGUUGUGAAGCAGUUGGAGCGAUCACGGAAAUGACAAUAUCUUAAAUUCCUAAAUUAAUUAAGACAUCUUUCUUUUCAUAGAAGAGAUGUUAAGAAUUGAAUAAGACGUGAACCUGUUGAAGAGCGUUAUAUGAGAGACUCCUGUAUAUUGUCUCCCAGCAGCAAAUAUCAUUCAUUUUUUGAAUACUCCUCUUAACGAGUCGAUGAUAUGGGUCGCAAAGUUUACAUUUUUAAACCGACAAGCGAUACGAAUUCUGAUCGAAUACUAUGACAAAAAAAAAGAAAAAAAGUUGAAUUUGAUGCAUGUGCAAUUUCAGGACACUGUCAUGAGGCCAACAACAACCACAACAAUCUAUAUUUUUAACUUUUCUCAUUUACUUAUGUAGAGGCAAUUUCCUUUGCCAACGGAUAAUUACUGCUACAAUGAGUGUCAAAAGUAAUUGGCACACCUUCAACUGACUAGGUGGUCGAUAACCCUCCACUCAACAUCAAUGUUGUAAUUCAUCUCCAGGGAGUAACUUGCGUCCCCCCCUCCCAUCCCCUCUCCAAACGGGGGAGGAAGAGAGAUAAAAGAAAUUUAUAAAGAAACUUCAAAAAGUAGUUGAGCGUGCGAAGACUUUGGCCAUUCAUUGUAGUUUGAGCGGGCCAACAAACUUUUAUAGAUGCUGUCAUGUCGUUUGUCAACCACACACUUAUCGCACUUUCCAGUACUGCUAAGAAUUAUGAGAUAUGACAAUCUAAGUAAAUAAAAGUAUAGUGUAUGGAAAGGUGAAUGAAGGAAUAUAAAUGCUCACGGUUCAGUGCCUCUCUCGUGUUUGGGCUAUCUGACAAAGGACCCUACGGAUGGCAAACGUUCUUAAAUGUAAGAUUUUCUAACUUUAAACAUAUGUAUCAGCUUGUUUGAAUAGAUACGACUUUGGUGGAAAUAACAAAUCAAAGAAUUGUUGUUUGAAAAUAGCGACACCAUCUUAAGCCACCUUACAGCGUUUCAGGAAGAGGUAUUAGUUUGC